AUUUUACUCUGUUUUAUCGACAGUUCUAUUAGUUGGAUCUAAUUUCGUAGUAUCUGUAUUCUUUGUUUUAAAUUCACGAUGAUGAGAUGAAAAUGUGAUGAAUUUUUGACGAAAUGCUUUGUUAUGAUGAAUUUUUUAAUAUAGAUGUAUAAAAUCUGUAUUUUUUGAGAAUUCAAUUAAGCAUGCUGAAUGUGGAACGUUAUUGAACUGUCUGUGGUUUCAUCACUGUUGUCGAUACUUAUUGGGAAUUCAUAUAACACUGUUUGAGUUAUCGUGUAUUCCCCUCGUAGAAUACUGCUUAUGUUAGGUGUCAAACUAUGUGUUGUUUCAUUAAACGGUUAGGUAAUAGCAGAGAAAUCGAACUUGACUAGAAUUGGCACAUUUUCCGCUUGACAUUAGUUAAAAUCUAAGCCUGUGUUUUUCUCUUUGAAAAGAAACAAAAGAUUGUAUGUUUAUCACUUGAUAGUAAUAUUUGUAUGUAUCUCGCUCCUUUUGUUGUGUUUUAUUUCUCUGACUUGCCUGAAGUUCGCGAGUUUUUGAGUGAUCAUGCCUUUUGUAUCGUUAUGUUUUAUUUGACAUCCUUGCAAUAUUUUAAUUUGAGUUCCUUGUGUCUUUAUAUGACCCUGGUGGAUGUGCUUGAUGUAGUUAACUGUCAAUGUUCGAUCCUGAUUUCUGGAGUCCAUUGAUUUUCCGCGACUCUGCAAAUAAUCAAGUCUCUGCUGUGUUUUAGUAUGUGUACUUCUCUAUUACUAGUGAAUAUGUGUCUGGAAUUCUUCGUAAGGAUACUUAAGUGCUCUGUGGUAGGUGAUUGCACCAUAAGUUACUUUCUUCUGGUAGAGGUAAGUUUGACAUGUCAAUUAACGAAAAGUCUUAUUGGUAUCUGCUGCAAUGGAGAAGUAUGUCUUUACAAUCCAAGUUCGGUGAAAACGCAGUUUCAAUGAGUCAUGCUGCAACACACUGGUUUUUGCUGAUGUCUGUAAAAGUGGUUGAUGAUUUGCCUUCAGCUCUUUUGCUUCUUCAGAAAGUUCAAAACCAGGAGGGGUCCUAUAUCGACUUUCUUGGUAUCAUCAUCCGUCUUGCAAGCUCGAGGGUCCUUCGAUUAUGGUUGGCCAAAUGAGAUUCUUUUUGUGUUUUUUAGUUGCAGCUUGGGGGUUCUCUGUUUACUGUUGGCCAACCAUUCCACCACAACUCAUGUUUCGAUCUGUAAUGUAAUGUUUUUUCACUUGUUUCUUCUAAAUAAUCUGAACUGAUUUUACUUGAA